AGUGAAGUGAUUCUGCUUGUAAUGGCCGUGGGAAAAAAAAAAAAAUACUUGGAAUUUGAAAAAGGGCAAAUGGGUGGGAGGGGAAUAUAAAAGGAUUCCUUCAGCUUUCGUUUUCCCCACAGCUAGUUUUUUUUUAGAUUUUGUUUUCGUUUUUUUCUUGUUCCAUACGCAUAUUCGUUUUUAGCAUCAUGCAUUCCACCAUAACAGCUUUGGCUGGGAUUCUCCUCGUAGCUUCAUCUGCUGCUGCUCAACAGUGCACUCCCUACACUUCCGGGAUCGAUGCGACAAAGUAUCCCACACCCUGGACAACGGCUACCAGCAAUGGCGUGCUGAAUACACCCGAAUUCCAAGCAGUAUAUAACGGAAUAGACUGGACAAAAGUCCCAAACAUUCCUCCAAAAAACUGGACUGCUGAUGGGGCAGCUGUUACCACCGGUUAUUCAGCGACAGAUCCAGACUGCUGGUGGACCGCUACGCAAUGCACGACACCGAAACAUCCCAAUAUCCUGGCUGACAUUGUCGCCUGUCCCGAACCAGGAACAUGGGGAAUAACCUACGAUGACGGCCCCAACUGCACAAAUACGGCCUUUUACGAUUUCCUAAAACAAAAUAACCAAAAAGCUAGUAUGUACUAUAUUGGAUCAAAUGUUUUGGACUGGCCCAAUGAAGCCAAGCGAGGGUACACGGAUGGCCAUCACAUCAACGGUCAUACUUGGUCCCACAAACCAAUGACGAGCUUGACAAACCAAGAGAUUGUUGCCGAAUUGUACUAUACAACAAAGAUCAUUAAAGAAGUGACCGGCGUUACUGUCUUGUACUGGAGACCUCCUUUCGGAGACAUUGAUGACCGUGUGCGCGCGAUCGCAAGUCAAUUGAAGCUCACGGCCACCAUCUGGAAUCGGGACACAGACGACUGGAACAUUGCCAUUCCUGCCUCGCAAAUCACGACAAACUUUCAAAACUUUAUCAACGAAGGCAAGAACGGAACAUGGUCCAAAUCCGGUGUCAUUGUUCUCGAACAUGAAAUUGACUCGCGGACUAUGGGAUUGGCUAUGCAGUACUACCCGGAAAUCAAGAACGCUUACAAGCACCUUAUGCCUGUUGCUAGCUGCAUGAACAUUACAAAGCCGUACGCUGAAGACAUUACUUACCCCGAUUUUGCAACUCUUGCUGGCCUCGCUCCCACCAACACCUCAACGUCGACCACCACAGUUGCCUCUUCCACCGCACCUUCCCCUACCGAUCCAAGGGGAACCGCUGCAGCGGGCCAGCACUCUGCCGCCAGUGAUGUCGCCGCCAACUGGGUUAUGGGAUUGAUUAGCAUGUCGGCUGGAUUGGUUGCUUUGGUGUUUUAGACAGCUGCCGGCUCGGCAGAUCAUUCGGUGUUUUCAGGUAUAGACGCUGCACAUUACGUAUAGUGAAUAAUCGUUAAUCUUAUUAUGCAUAGUUGUACCGUAGUCUGUUUGUAGUCACUAUUUGUAUAAAAAGACUGAUAUUACCUCA